CUGUUACGGUAAGUGCGCUGAAUUCUUCACCACCGCUACCUUCACUUCUACACAAACUUAGAAACAAGGUGUAUAAAUUCCCAAGCCUUUCAGUUCAUAAUCAGAGCUCCAGUCUAUCUGUAGGAUUGCCGUUAUCGUUCAUCUAUAACAGUCAGUCCAAUUUCCAGAAAAAAAUCUGAGUGUCAGUGUGACUUCCAGUUUCCGUGCAUUUCUUAUCCCGAGCUUGCCUGCAGCUUGAAGUUUGUGCUGAUUUUUUUCCUAGCUUGGAGGUUGGGGCAGUUUUCGAGUUCAAAUCUUCAAGAUCCAUUGUACUAAGUGAUGGGAUUUGUGCGCAUCAUGGGCCCUGCGUGUUGGCAAUUGGUUUUGUUGACGAUGUUCAUACUGGCGGGAAGUGCUGUCCAAGCAGCUGAUUCAGAUCAACUCCAAGAUUUCUGUGUUGCAGACCUUAGUCAGAAAAAGUUUACGAAUGGGUACCUCUGCAAGGAUCCGGCAACAGCGAAGACAGAAGAUUUCAUGUACAAAGGCCUGAAGGAUGCCAGCAUCAUCACUUCUGAAAAUCCCUGGGGUGCUUCGGCAAGACUAGCCUUCGCCCGUCAUUGGCCAGCUUUGAACACGCUUGGAGUUGCUAUGGCUCGCCUUGAUCUCAUGCCAGGUGGUGUCAUUGCGCCUCACACUCACAACCUGGCCACUGAGGUUGUGUUCGUUACAUCCGGAGAGAUAUACAUCGGAUUCGUGGCCAACAGUGACGAUGCGAAUGCUCCCAACAAGCUGUUCGCUGGGAUGCUCAAGACCGGCGAGGCGUUCGUUAUCCCCAGAGGCUUGGUGCACUUCCAGAUGAACAAAGGAACUGUCAAUGCUUCCACCAUCAACUUCUUGAAUUCUCAAAAUCCAGGAAUCUCAUUUCUCCCUCUCACUCUGUUUGGAGCACAGCCAGCUGUGGAUCCGGCCUUGCUGGCCAGGUCUUUCGCAGUCAACGAAACCUCAAUCUCUCCUCUGGAAACUUUCUGGUCGCAAUUCACCAAUGCUUUCCUCUGAGCCUUAGAAGCUCAUAGGGACUCCGUAGACUGGCUAGACAGUGCUUGUACGCAUAUAUGAUGUGAUAGUCAGAGGUCCACAUUGAUAGAAAUAUCAACAAUAGCUUGUAAUUUCCAGACCUUACUCUUUGUCCACAUAUGGCUGAGAAGAAGGCAGCAGUAGAGAUUCUGAUACGAUAAAUACAUAUGAAAUGAGGACAGGUGAACUAUCAGGAGAAAAAUGGCUAAAUUGACUUCUUUAUGGAAUUCACAUCAAGCAGUAAUGGCCUUGUUUAGAAACGUAGAAGGUAAUAAAUCAGCUGCAGCCAUACCUUCGAACUACAUAUUCUACGUCUAUGUAUUUCACAAUCUAAACACCUUAACAACAUCGGCUUGAACUCGGGAGUCAUUAUCUUCUCUGGCGAACUUCAAAGGGCAUCCAACUAAUGAUCGAUAAUUUCACAAAUGAGUGAGAACUCGGCCGCAAUCUGACUCUGUAAAUUCUAAUUCCUUCUAAUAUUGCUUAAGUUCAUGCUUCUGAAAGGGUAUAACUAGAGACACACGAAGCCUCUUGAGUCAACAUCAGGGCUGUUUCUUGUCAAAAUUGCGACUUUAUAUAGAUUUGGUA